AGCCAGCGAUGGGCGGCGGUACCACGAGUGGUCGUCAGGUGGCGCUAUCUGCCCAUUUCCUGUAUGUGAUUGCUGUGUCGUAACAGAACCCAGCAGCAGAGGGCGCCAGGUGAUGAAAAGUUAUUGUUACAAAAUAGCGGCCACGCGAGGGCGCCAGACUCUUUGAAAAACGCCGUACAGAACUGAGCCUGCCGGGCCGCCGUUGUUAGGUGCGCAUGCCGCAUGUGAGCCACGGUCUGAGCUGAGAGAGAAGUGGCGGCUCCGAGGGGAAGAUGAAGAGCAGAUAUAGCACCAUCGACCUCCGGGCUGUCAUCGCCGAGCUCAGUGACAGCCUGCUGGGUAUGAGAGUGUACAAUGUAUACGAUGUGGAUAACAAGACCUACCUCAUCCGCCUGCAGAAGCCGGACUCUAAAGCCGUGCUCCUCCUGGAGUCCGGGAUCCGGAUCCACACCACCGAGUUCGAGUGGCCCAAGAACAUGAUGCCGUCCGGGUUCGCCAUGAAGUGCAGGAAACAUCUACGAUCCCGGAGACUGGUCAGCGUCCGGCAGCUCGGGGUGGACAGGAUCGUGGACUUACAGUUCGGUUCAGACGACGCUGCCUAUCAUCUCAUUGUCGAGCUGUAUGACCGGGGAAACAUCGUCCUCACCGACCACGAGUAUCUCAUCCUAAACAUCCUGCGGUUCCGCACAGAUGAGGCCGACGAUGUGAAGUUUGCAGUUCGAGAACAUUACCCGGUGGAUAUCGCCAAAGCCCGGGAGCCUCUGCUCACUAUGGAGAGAUUAAAAGAAAUUUUAGAAAACGCUCCAACGGGAGAUCAGCUGAAGAGGAUCCUGAACCCACAUCUACCGUAUGGCGCCACGGUCAUCGAGCAUUGCCUCCUCGAGGCCGGAUUGUCCAGCAACGUGAAGGUGGAGCAGCUGAGCGGGGGCACAGAUUUGGAAAAGGUGCAUUCAGCUCUGAAGAUGGCCGAGGGAUACAUGGACAUGACGCUGGAUUUUAAGGGAAAGGGCUACAUUAUCCAGAAACGAGAGAAGAAGCCGAGCCUGGACCCGGAGAAACCUUCGGAAGACAUUCUCACGUAUGAAGAAUUUCACCCGUUUCUCUUCAGGCAGCACGAGAAGUGCUCGUAUGUGGAGUUUGAGACUUUUGAUAAGGCUGUUGAUGAAUUUUACUCCAAGCUGGAAGGUCAGAAGAUUGAUUUGAAAGCCCUCCAUCAGGAGAAACAAGCCUUGAAGAAACUGGAAAAUGUCCGUAAGGAUCAUGAGCAGAGGCUGGAAUCUCUGCACGUGGCUCAGGACAUUGACAAAGCCAAAGGAGAGCUCAUCGAAACGAACCUGGACAUCGUGGAUCGCGCGGUGCAAGUCGUGCGUAGCGCCUUGGCCAAUCAGAUUGACUGGACAGAGAUUGGGGUCAUUGUGAAGGAGGCGCAGGCUCAGGGUGACCCGGUGGCCCUCGCCAUCAAAGAGCUCAAACUGCAGACGAAUCAUAUCACCAUGCUGCUGAAGAACCCGUACACACUGUCCGAAGAAGAAGAGGAGGAAGAAGAGAAGCAGGAAACCGAUGAACCAAAAGGAAAGAAGAAAAAGGGCAAAAACAAACAGCAGCUGAAGAAAACCCAGAAGAACAAACCCGCGCUGGUGGAUGUGGACCUCAGCCUGUCUGCGUACGCCAACGCCAAAAAGUAUUAUGACCAUAAGCGACAUGCGGCCAAGAAAACGCAGAAAACCGUGGAAGCAGCAGAAAAGGCAUUCAAGUCGGCAGAGAAGAAAACCAAACAGACCCUGAAGGAGGUGCAGACCGUCAGCUCUAUCCAGAAAGCCAGGAAGGUGUACUGGUUUGAGAAAUUUCUGUGGUUUAUAAGCUCUGAAAAUUACCUGGUCAUAGCCGGACGAGACCAGCAACAGAACGAAAUGAUUGUGAAGAAAUACCUGCGGCCCGGCGACAUAUAUGUGCACGCCGACUUGCACGGGGCCACCAGCUGCGUCAUUAAGAAUCUCACAGGUGAGGCAGUGCCCCCCCGUACCCUAACUGAAGCUGGCACCAUGGCCGUGUGCUAUAGUGCCGCAUGGGAUGCCCGGGUCAUUACCAGUGCCUGGUGGGUCCAUCAUAAUCAGGUGUCAAAGACGGCUCCAACUGGAGAGUACCUGACCACCGGCAGCUUUAUGAUCCGAGGAAAAAAGAACUUCCUUCCACCCUCUUACCUGAUGAUGGGGUUCGGCUUUCUUUUUAAGGUGGACGAGCCUUGCGUUUGGAGACACAAAGGCGAGCGCAAAGUGAAAUUACAGGAUGAGGAUCUCGAAAGUGUAACCAGCAGUAAUACAGAGCUGGCUGCAGAGGAGAAUGAACCACUGGAAGCUCCUGAAGAGGACACCGAUGGCAGCAGUGAAGACGAGGAAGAGGACAAGCCUCACGAAGACGAAGCUGCCGAGCCCAAUUCGGAGGACGCCCCCGGGGAUGGCUCCGAUGAAGAAAGCGACGCUGGCAGCUCACAUUCUACAGAAAAUAUUGCCGCUGUGAAAGAGGAGGAGGAGGAGGAAGAAGAAGAGGGCGUGGCCUACCCCGAUACCGCCAUAGACCUGUCCCAUCUUCAGGCUAAGAGGACACUACACAGAGCGGCUGUAGCACCAACUGGAGACGCCUCAGUGGUGAAUGACAAGUCAAUUGGUCGGAAACAUUUAUCGGCUAAGGAGAGACGGUAAGGAA